AAAAAAUGUCUACUCACAACAACCAAAACAAUUCCAAACCUUCUUCUGGUAAUUCAAAAGGAGGCUAUCAAUCUUCUUCAGCUUCUUCCCAUUCUCAAGGAGCCUCUCAUCAUCAACCAAGAGGUGGUUCUUCGUCUGGUAGAGGAGGCUCAAGAGGUGGUGGCAACAGAGGAGGUUCUUCAAACAACAGAGGUGGUAGAGGCGGUGGUAGAGGAGGAUACCAAGGUUCUUCAAACCAAUCCUACCAAAGUAAUAAUAACACUAAUACAAAUACUACUUAUACACCUCCUGCCAACUACGAACCUCCUGUUGUAGUCCAACAAUCUUAUAAUAAUCCUUCACUCAAUUCUGUCAGAAAUGCUGAUAUUGGUAAUCACAUUCAAAGAACAGCCAGUGCUCCACCAGCUAUUUCUGAACAUACACCUCAACAUAACCACAGCAAAAUACCUGAACACAAGACUUAUGUUAAAAACACUUAUCCACAACAUCAACAACCAAUCUUCUAUCCACAGAUGCAACCAGCUAUGGGAUAUCCAAUCCCACCUGUUGGUUAUCCACCUUAUGGUUAUCCUAGUAGUGAACCAAAGAGUACAACUUCUAGUGAGAUUGUUAAACCAGCAAGAUCGUCAAAGAUUGUAAUUGCUGACCCAAAGAGUGGUAAAGAGGUUAAUAUUCUUGAUGAUAAGUCAUCAAAUGAAACAGCUUCAACUACUGAAGCUACAACAACAUCAACAACAACAACACCAGUAACAAUAUCAACAACUACUGAAACUACUGAAACUGCAACAACAACAGCUACUACUGAACCAAUUGUUGAGGAAGCUCCAAAACAAACUGAGGAAGCUACACCAGUUGAAGAAAAACAAACUGAACUGGAAACACCACAAACACCAAUUAGUGAAUAUACUGAAACUCCAACAACACUUGAAGGUGAAGAAACCUUUGAUAAUUCUAAAUCUUCAGAUAUUGAUGAAGAUAAAGUCAUCAAGGAAGAUCCAAGCGAAAUCGACGGAAUGGAAGAUUCUAGUGAAGAGGAAGAGGAAGAAGGAGAAACCGAACCAAGUAGCAAGGUUUACUCUAGAGAUUAUCUCCUUAAAUUCAGAGAUGUUUGCACUGAAGCUCCAGAAAAGCUUAAAGGUAUGGGUGAAAUUUUCCUUAUUUCAAAGGGCGCUUCAUCAUCAAUGGCUAUGGCUGGUGGAUUCAACAAAGGUGGUCAAGGUAGAGGUGGUGGACGUGGCGGAGGCCAAGGUGGAAGAGGUGGUACCACUCGUGGAGGAGCCAGUUCAAGAGGAGGACGUGGUGGAUUCGAAAAUAAUAGAGGAGGUGCUCGUGGUGGAAAAGGAGCAACAAAUAGAAAGCAAGGUUCUUAUGAAAAGCUUUCAAAGUCUCAAAAUGCCUUGAAAUUGUCAAAGGAUAAGCCUGAGGAUGAAGUCAUUGUUGAUGAAGUUAAAUUUAUUCUUAACAGAUUGACACCUGAAAACUAUGAAAGACUUAAGAUUGAAUUCUUAAAUGCUUGUAUUAAGAAGCCAGGUGAUGAAGCUGUUUUGAAUGGUAUUAUUGAUCAAAUUUUCAUUUUCGCUAUUAACCUUCAAAACUUCUCUGCUCUCUAUGCCAAGUUGUGUGCUGAUUUAAGUAACGAACUUAAGGAAAGAAUUGGAGAAGAAAAUACUAAACAAUUCAAGAGAUUGUUAUUGAACAAAUGUCAAAAAGAAUUCGAAAAUGAAAAGAAGGAAGAACUUGAAAAGGCAGCUCAAGUUGGCUUGAGCCCUGAGGAAGUUGAAGAAAAGGAAUUCUUAUUGAGAAAGAAGAAAGUUGGUAACAUGAUUUUCAUUGGUGAACUUUAUUUGCAAGAUAUGCUUAGUGAAAAGAUUAUGCAUGAAGUUAUCAAGAGAUUGCUCGUUAAUCCAACUCCAUAUCCAUCUUCUGAUGAUAUUGAACUUUUGUGUCGUUUAUUGACUACUAUUGGUAGCAAAUUGGAUCAUGAAAAGUCAAAGAAAUAUGUCAAUUAUUACUUUGGUAAAAUGGAAACCCUUGCUCAAGAUAAGGAUAACCUUGCCUCUCGUCUCAGAUUUAUGCUUAGAGAUGUUAUUGAUAUGAGAAUUAAUAACUGGGUUGCCAGAAUUGAAAAGACAAAGGCUACCAAGACUAGACAAGAAGCCAGAGAUGAUGCUGUUAAGCAACAAAUGGAUCAAAUUAAGAAGAUUGAAAAGCAUCACCACAAUAGAAAGACAACUGUCAAGACUAAGACUGUAUACAAUAAUAAUAAUAAUAAUAAUAAUAAUAAGCAAUCUGGUUUGCAAGCUGAAAGAUACAGAAAGAUGGAUGCUAAGAAGACUUUGGCUCCAGGUGGUGGUAACUUGAUCACAAAGGCUCCAUCUCCAACUCAAAGCAAGAAGGAUUUGAAUUCUUUCUCACUUUUGGAAGAUGAAGAAGAAAAGGAACCAGUCAGUGAAGAAGAAGAAGAAGAAGUUAUUGAAGAAGUUGAAGUUGUUCCAGAAGAAACUGAAGAACAAAUUAAGGAAACAACUGAAAAGACCAAGAGAAUUAUUAAUAACUUCUUUGAAGAAGGAGAGAUUGAAGAUACAAUUGAAACUAUCACCAAAGAAAACUUGUUCAAAUCACACCACUUUGCUAAGACUCUUGCCCUCUGUGCUUGUGAAAAUAGUAGAGAUGCUGAACUCAGCGAUUGUGUCAAGUUGUGCAAGAGAUUGACUCAAGGUGCUGAACCACUUGUUACUGAGACAGUUUUCGUUGAUGGCUUGAUUUCAUACUUGCUUUCAUCUGUCCAAGAAGAAACAUACGUUGAUAUUCCAGAGUUGUUCCCAUAUACUGGUAAACUCUUUGGUAGACUCCUUUUCGAAAAAGUUUUGCCUUUUAACUGUUUGUACGAUAUUUUGGUUACAGUUGUUUUGGAUGAAGAUGCUCCAUUGCAAGAAGAACACGCAUUUGAUAUUCUCAAGAAUGUUUUUGCUUCUGUCAAGUCUGAAUGUGAAUUAAAUGAUGAUUUGAAGAAGAUUCUUGCUAACUAUGAAGAUGAACUUGAAAACCAUCUUGUUUUGAGUGAGGUUGAAGCUGGAAAGCACUUGGUAAAUAGUGUCAUGGAUAUUAUGAACGUAUUGAAGCCAAAUGGUGAUUACUACUCCAAAUUCUGCGAAUUGGUUGAAGAAAACUGUUAUGGAUGUUUUGAACCAUCUGUCUUCUUCAAUAAGAAGAUUAACGAAAAGGAAGAAGUUGAUGAUUACAUUAAUUUAUUGUCUAUCGAACAAAUCAUCUCUGGUAUCCUUAAUUCAUCAUUGCAUGAAGAUCCAGUUCAAAACGUUGAAUCAUUCCAAGCAUUACUGAAGGAUCAAGUCAAGGAAAAGCUCGAAGAUGGAGAUGAAAUUACAAUUUUGGGUAUCAGUCAAUAUGCCUGUUUUAUUCGUAAUAAGUUUGAAAGCAUUAAGCCACUCCUUACACAGUUGGUAGAUAUGGGACUUUUAACACCAAAGCACUAUGAACAAUACAAGUCAGGCGAACUUGCUGAAGAAAUUGAUCAACCAGGGUAUGAUGAAGUCAAAGGAUUUUUGUAAACAUUAAAUUUAAAUAUCUUUAAAAC